AUGAGAAGGAUGUUGGUGCUGAUAGAGUCUCUGCUCUUUGGGAGAUACAAGGAGUACAAGUUUCCGAGAAGUUUCAUAGAGAGAGCGCGAGACAUGAACACUCUGAUGAACUAUCAUUGGGGGAGGGAAGCGGUGCCUUCGCAUUUGGAUAAAGCGAAGUAUAUUCUUCAGGGUUACCCUUUUGCCUUCCACUUGUGGUUGCUAGAGUCCGUCCCUAUGCUACAGACUGCCUUCUCAACAGUCAUCAACAGUAUUUUGUCCUCUGCCUUCUUAUGUGAGAAGUACCUUUACACAACAUCUCCUUCAAUAAACCAAGUUCUCACCAUAGAAGGAUCACCUGAUGUGAUCUUCAAAUUGCUUGCUAUAUUAGGUGAUGCUGAGGACACAAUCUGCAUGGAAGACGAAGAUGAUCCUGACCUUGAAGAACUUUCUGAAGUUCUUACAAGAGGCUACUCCCUGAGCUUAGGAGAUUGGGUAAAUAAAAAACUUGAUCUAGUUGAUGCGCUAGAGUCCAUUGGAUUGAACUCUGUCAUGGUUCAUAAUGCCGAGACUUUUGAAGCUUCAAGUUCAGCUUUUAAUAUGAGGGCAGAGAUACCAUCUUCUUCGCAUUCAAUGAUUAUGGCAAAGCUGGACAAUUUCAUUCUAAUGGUUAAAGAAGGUAACCUUAAGAUCUUUGAUCGAUUGCAUAAGAUAGAAGAGAAGCUGGGAAUAGAUUGGGAAGAUGAAGUUACCGAAUCCGAAGGUGGUUACCAGAGAACACCUGUGCACAUGGGGAGUUCAGCAACGAUUGUAGCUGACGAUGUAGACUCAACUGAAGAGGAUGACUCAACUGAAGACGAAAACAUGGAUGAUACACAAGUUGAAGAUAGUCAACAAACACAGGAGAUUCCCGAAGGUGCCAAACAUGAGCUUCUCAGUAUAGAGAUGAUUGAAUCUCAUGCAUCUGAGGGAGAGAAAAAACAGGCGCUAACACAAGCCGAAAAUAGUCAACCAACAAUACCUGAAGGGACACCAACACAAGAGAUCCCCAAUAUACAGAUGGAUGACGCUGAGGGAGAUCCAAUACAGAGUGAAAAAGAGUUGGCAGAUUCAAAUUCAGAGAAACGGGAUACUGAGCUAAUACAGUCCCUUACUACCACAGAGCCAAACAGUGACAAAGAUAGUGGUGGAGACACACAACCUUUUGCUCCUGCUGUGCUGAAUCAAUCUUCCCCCUGUACAACAUAUCCAGUUAGUGACGAAAAUAUUGCUCAGAAGAGUGGUGAAGGCACACAGUCAUUGGCUCCUGUUUUAACGCAAUCUUCCCCCUCUGCAACAGAGCAAAAUAGGGAUGAAACUCUUACUCAGAAGAGUGGUGAAGGCACACAACCUUUUGCUCCUGCUUUACUGAGUCAAUCUCCUCCAUGUACAACAGAUCCAGUUAGUGACGAAAAUAUUGCUCAGAAGAGUGGUGAAGGCACACAGCCAUUGGCUCCUGUUUUAACGCAAUCUUCCCCCUCUGCAACAGAGCAAAAGGGGGACGAAACUCUUACUCAGAAGAGUGGUGAAGGCACACAACCCUUUGCUCAUGCGGUGUUGAGUCAAUCUUCCCCUGUACAACAGAUGCAGUUAGUGACGAAAAUAUUGCUCAGAAGUGGUGAAGGCACACAACCAUUGGCUCCGGUUUUAACGCAAUCAUCCCCCUCUGCGACAGAGCAAAAAAGGGACGAAACUCUUACUCAGAAGAAUGUUAAGGGAACACAUUCUAUGGCUAUUGUUUUAUGGCAACCAUCACCAAGUAGGGCGAGAAAUCAGACGGAUGAGGUUGCUUCAGAGAAGAGGGGAUUAUCCUUGCAGAAGGUUACAGCAUCUGUUGUUGCUAUGGAUACACGCGCUAACGAAGAGUCUGCUGGUGAACUCCAAAAACAUGUGAAGGUUGUGGAUAUGUUGAGGAUUCGUCCUACUGUUGCAAACAGAAAAGCAAAGGAGAAGAGAGUUGAUGAUGAAGGUGAUCGUCUGGCUAAGAGGUUGACAACGUUGCUAAGGAGGAGCAAUCGAGACCCAAACAAAAUAAGAGUACAGACAGUCCCUUCAGAGCGCCGCCAAACCCAGCUCUAA